AUGGUCCUUCGAAAGUGCACCAUCUGUGACCGAAAGUUCAAGAAGACAGAGCAUUUCAAGCGCCACGAACGGUCACGUCAUCUAACUCGCCGAGCAGAUACUAAGGAGCGUCCGUAUGAGUGCAGUGUAUGCCAUAAACGCUUUUCCCGCAGCGAUGUCCUGAGCCGACAUGCCAAGGGACACAACCAACCCGGUCCCGGUGCAAAUUUGGCUGCGCGAAAUGGGUCGCUAGGGGAACAAGCUCAAGAUCGACGGGCUUCUAUCAUCACCGGCGCGUCGCCAACGCUGCGCGGUUCAGAAGAUGGGACAUCUCUUCUCCCCACUGUCGGCGCAGAGGCGCACCAAAUACCAAACCUUCCUACCCCGCGCGACAUGGCCCCCUCAGCUACAGGGAUACCGCCGUCAUCAUUGGACUUCUUGGCGGAUAUCUCUGCUCAUCAUGGCCGCACCGAACCCGACAUUAAUUCUAUGAUGCUCGAUGAGCAGCAGCCAUACUUCGGCUGGAAUGAAGUGACCCCUGCAGACCAACAUGCGCAGCGGAAUGGUAUAGAAUUCGAAACCGUGCCGAAUGAUAUGCUACAGCUAUGGCUCGAGCCGCGUACCGAUACAGGAUCCAAUCACGGUUCUCUAGAUCUGAUGCGAGAUGGUCAUUUCCCUACAAUAAGCGACAGUGUGUUGCUCACUCCGGACCCCCAGAACCGUAAUUCCAUGGACAGCGGCAAAUCUGGCUGUGAUAAUAUUCCAACUGAACGUUUCAACAAGGUUCAGCGGUGUUGGCUCGCGCCGCCAAAUCACACCGGUCGACUCAUGAACAGCUUGUGGCGUGACAUUGUUUACACCGACGCUGAUAAUAUCUUUUCUGCUUACUCGUUAACUACUCCCGGCGAAAAUGGCCUGCUUCAAGGAUCUCGAUGUGGCGUGGACGACGAUUGCAGGAGGCGCCUCCAGGCUGCAUUUGGCCAGGCCUUUACCUAUCCGCAAUUGCAGUCACCUCGCAACGGGACUGCAUCCCCUUGUACAGCGGGCUCGGCUUCCAUUUCUUUUGCGAACUUCCCUCCGGCAGAGAUUUUAGACAUGGCUCUAGAUCUGUACUUCCGCACUUUUCACCCCCUUGUACCAUUUGUACACCUUCCGACGUUUUCCGCAAAGAAGACGCGCCUGUCGCUUCUCUAUGUAAUGUGUCUUAUUGGCAUGAUGUUGCUAGGGACUAAGGGGACCGCGAAUUUUGUCUCAAGAAAUUUCACACAUAUGCUCGAGAAAGUCACAGCUGAUCUUGCAAAGUGUACAAUGGGGGUUGAAUCUCCAGCCAGCGCGAUGUCCAUUUUUGCUACAGCUUUCUUAUUCUUGAACCUAGCUGUUCUUACGGGGGAGAAAAGUCAUUUGGAACAGUGCCAGAUGCUCUAUGUCAAUCUCAUGUCGAUAACCCAACGCCAUGGGCUCUUUGCUGCAACCGAGGGUCAGAUUCUCGAUAUGAGUCUGUUUGAGGCAGUACCCGACAUUGACAUGAGAUGGAAGGCAUGGAGUAAGGUUGAGUCUACGAAAAGAAUCAUUAUCGGAUUACUCCUUCUAGACUCGUGGUACUCUGCACUUCUCUCAACAAGCCCAAUAGUUGUCCCCGAUUCGAUCCAAAUCAUCAUACCCUGCAAAGAAGCUCUUUUUCGGGCUCAUUCAUCCAUGCGAUGGACCCAGCUGAUCCGCAGCGGCAAGCGAAUCCUGAUGCCCACGGUGCUGGCACCGUCUGAAAACAUCAACAUUCCCACCCUCGAAGGACCGAUGGAUGAAUUCUGCAUCCAGGCGGUCCUCGCAAUGAUUCAGCUCCGCCAGUCCGAGGCCUACCACCGCCUCCUCUCCAAUCGCGCAAGCUAUCCGUUCGCUCCCUGUCAUACGUACGCCAUGGAUGGCCGUGCAAGAUGCCUCCCCUCUCUUCAGUCCCAAAUCUCAAGCACCUAUGGUGAAACGAUGGAGCGACUGAAUCCCAACGCCCUCGUCAUGUGGCAUCACAUGUGCAUGAUGCUCACAGCUGACAUCCAGAUUUUCGACUUCGCCGCUGGACGAGCUGGGCCAGCCCCAGCGCGAAAGGCACUUGAUGAUAUUGCCGAAUGGUCGCAGACGCCAGCGGCGAGGCGAGCAUGUCUGCACGCUGCGCACAUAUACAAAGCCAUGACUAACCGCAAAGCCUCCGACCACCCCACCUUCCACUCAGUCUUCUCACUCUUCUCCGCGGCCCUCAUCCUGGGUCUCUACACGUUCAUGGUUCCCACCUUCUCCAGCACGCUUUCCAAUGUCGGAUCUAUCGAGCUGAUGGACGAUAUCGAUUGGCAACAGGUCGGCACCGAGGGCUUCACGAGCUUCAUGGAGCCACGGGGAAGCCAGGCCUUCUCUCCAACAGAUAAUCCAGCUGUGAACUUUAUUCGCAACGGUGCAACGAUCUACUUGCGUGGCGUGCCCUUCCAAGGCGGGUACCAGUCUGCGCGGCGGAUUCUCCUUGAUUAUGCGAACCUGCUCAAGGACUCGGGCAAAUGGAGUGUCAAGAAGUUCUCGUAUGUGCUUCAUAUCAUGAGUGAUGUGCUGAUGGAUGUGGAGUGA